AUGACGCCGACUGCGACUGUCUUUAGCGUGGCGACCGCCGUUCUCGGGCCGUUGACGACGACAUUCACACCACCGCCAGCAUGUACGGUAGCAGUAGCUGCGGUUGAAGGGCAGUUCCUUGGAUUGGGAGGACAUGUUGCCCCCUCCGGCUGGCUCGGUCAGACAUGUUCGAAAGGCGGCCCGGUUGACGACACGGCAUGCUGGCCACCAACUUCCAGCGGCGCGGAGUCCAGGACAAAAGCGUUGGACGGAUGGGGAUAUUACUCUCCGGGUUUGCACUGUCCAGUUGGGUAUGCGACGGCAUGCUCGGCGACAGGCGGUGGUGGAAAAUCCGACUUUGCUUUUCAGUUCGCACCAGGCGCCAAAGAGACCGCAGUCGGAUGUUGUCCAAGUGGCUAUCUGUGCAGCAGCGUUGACAAUGGCCAGACAUGUGUCAUGGCAGCCACGUCGACAGAAGUCGAGUAUGUGACGUGCGACAACUCGAACACGGCUGACCUGGCCACCAUGACGAUACCAAACGAGAAGGCAAAAGUCACAGACUUCCACUUCUAUGCCCCGAUGAUCCAAAUCAACUGGCAAAGCUCCGACAGACCGACCGAAACCAAGUUUGCCGGGACGCAAGUGGAAUCUCUCUCGGUUGAUGUUGCGACCAUGUCGACAUUGGCCAUAGCAGGAGACGCGCCAUCAGGCGUGACUUCCAGGGUUGCGUUCCCAUCAAUAUCACCGGGUUCUGAAGACGAUAACUCCGGAGCUUCCAUGGGCAACCAGGAUGGCUCAAAUAGCCCUGAACCAGUCAGCCUCGAUACUGGUGUCAAAGUCGGCAUGGGCGUAGCGGGCGGUGUCUUGGCCGUGGCCCUUGUUGCCAUAAUCUUCAUCUGCGCUUGGAGAAGACGGAAGAACCGGAUCGAGGAGGAAGAGUUUGAUCGCAUGUAUGGCAUGAAGGACGUGGGAUCCAGCACGGCGGACCUGAGGCAUGAGGAGAUUCCGGGCUGGCACCGGGGACCGGCGAAACGACAGCCGCCGCCGCCGGUUGAUCCAUUCCGCAAUAGUGGUGUUUUCGAUUUGAUGGCACCACCUGCGCCGUAUCAUCCGCCACCUGCCUAUCGCUAUACGUUCGGCCAACAAACAACAUACACACACCGAAAUGAUACCAUGUCGACGGAAUCGACCCGCCCUUUGUUGCUGCCGCAGAACCGCAAGCUACGCCAUCUACGCGGCAUCUACCUGAGGAACCUCAACUUCACACACCAACGCGGACGAACAGUUGACGAUGCUGCUCUUAACAAGACGGCCGGAAAGCUCGAGGCCUUGCGCCAGAGACCAGACUUACACCAUACCCUAUCAUCAGAGGACCUACGACCUCCGGCUGUCAGACGCAAAAGUACCUUUUCAGGUUUGGCCAACGCCGACCCCGCCACACGACAAAAGACCUUCGAGGAUACCUUUGCUAGCAAGCUUGCCGAUGCUUUUUUCUCUCUUCAUGUCGACGGUCUAGAAGAUCCGAUAUAUAUCAGCGAGGUUGCUGAACGAGCUACGAACUUCAACUUCCGUCUAUUCGAACUCGCCGACCUGGACUCGACAAUAACCCGAUCACCCCAAGUAACAGUCCGAGUAUGGACCAAAAGACAAGAAGAAUGGAGUCUCCUCCUCGAAGACGAAGUCGAUCUUCGCGCCCUCAACUGGCUCGGCACUCUCCAAAACGUCCACUUCCCGCCCAACAGCCUCGUCUUCCACAUGAUAGACGGCAUCUACUCCCUCGAGCUCUCCAACAAAUACCCACCGCCCAAGAAAGAAGUCCCCCCUUUACCAACAUCCUCCUACAACGUCCUCAUGCGUCUCGCAACCCUCAACAACUCAGUCCAAGACGCUCUCGCAACCCGUGACGCCCUCGCCGCGCAAAUCAACGACCUCCUCGCCCAGGAAGAAGACAAACAGAAGGAAGCGGGAACCCUCGCCGAAGCCGAAGAGAAAGUCAAGCUAGCCUCCAAGUACCUCACCCUCCAAAAACGGGCCGUGGCCGCCGCCAAGAAGCGCAACGACGACCUGCGCGCCUCCAUCGCCGCUCGGAAAGCCGCCAUAGAAUCCGGCUUGGCCGUACAGCGCAAAGCAGAAGAAUACGUCCGGCACGCAGCCGGCGAACCCCUCUCGCAAUCCAAAGCCUUGCUGUCCUCCGUGCGCGACCAAAUCCGCGGCCAACGCCGACGCAUCUGCGAGGACUUAUUAACCAUCUACCGCAUCCAACCGAUCCCUCCCCCGACAGACCCGAAAGAGCAGAAAGAGCAUGAUCCGCUGUCCUUCCAGAUCUGCUCUCUGCCGCUCGCUAACACCGUGCUGGACCCAACCACCUCUCACUGUUCUGCUUUCGCAAGAUGCGGAUAUCCAAAAGAAAAAUACCCCCACGAAGAAACCCUCUCCGCCUCCCUCGGUCUCGUCGCCCUCCUGGUCCACCACCUCCAACUCUACCUCUCCAUCCCGCUCCCCUAUCCAAUAAAAUGGCACGGCUCGCGCUCGACUAUCAGAGACGAUAUCUCCAAUUUUCCCGUAAACCCCAACGCCUCUUCGUUCUCUUCUCACGCUUCGCAAUCUUCCCGCUCUUAUUCAUCCAACAACAACCCCUCAUCCACCUCGGGAGAAGAAGCAGAAGACCCAAACCGCGAAUUCCCCCUCUUCUUACCCAAGGGCGGCAGCACAGCCCAAUACCGCUUUGAAUACGCCUGGUUCCUACUCAACCGCGACAUCGAAGUACUCUGCUGGAGCCAGGGGCUCAAAGUGGUGGACAUUAGGCAUACACUGCCGAAUCUGCAGUGGUUGUUGAUGGUUUGUAGUGCGGGGAGGGAAGAGAUGCCGGAGAGAAAAAGGGGAGGGGUUAGGGGGUUGUGGUUGGGGAGGAUAAGGGGGAAGGUGGUGGGAAUGGGGGCUCUGAGGUUUGAUGGUGUUGAGGGGGGUUGGGUUGAUAGAAAUGAAAAUGGAAGUCAGGCGGGGAGUGGGAGUGUUGAUAGUGUUGAUGGGAGUAGUCAAGCAGGAGGAGACGAGAGGAGUAGAGAUGAUGGAAGUAGUAGAAGGGGAAGCGUGGAUAGUGAUGCUACCAUCACUUCAAAUACGCCGGCGCGAGUGAGGAUGGGAGGGUUGACCAUUGGCAACGCGAAUGGUACCAAAACUAACGGAACGGCAACUAGGUCGUCGCUAUCUCGCUCGCCCUUGGCCCAGCUGCCGUUCUCGGAUGAGGGAUCAACGAAGUUGACGUUGAGGACCAAGGGGUUGAGGGAGAGUGCUGCUCGUUGA